GUUAACCGCUUUGUUGUUUGGCACAGCCAACGGAACCAACAGCUCGGCAAUCCACCGCAGCACGAGGCUGAAUCGAAUUGACUCUGGCAGUCACUUCGCCCCGACAACAUUAGCUCCUCCAUCAUCGACACACGUUUUUAUUAUAUUCUUUUCCACCAUAAUCUAAUUUUCUAGUAUAAUUCUGGUUCCAAGUCAACCGAUCAUCACGCCAUAAUGUCGUCCGUUCAGCUCAAGUUUUCUCUUCGGACCUCUUCCAAUGUCAAGACCGUCCACUUGGUCGGUUCCUGGGACAGCUACUCCCGCCAGAUCCCUCUCUCGCGCGAUGAGAACAAGUCUGGCUCGUGGGUGGGCAAGUUUCGCUUCCAGACUUCCAUGCUUAAGCUCGGUGCUCGCUACUGGUACUACUACAUCAUGGACGGUUACCACGUCUCCCAUGAUCCCGCUGUUGAAUAUACCGUGGAGCCCACUACUGGCCGCAAGCUUAACAUUCUGGAUGUUCCUGGCGGCAAGUCCUCCAGCUCUUCAUCAGCUCCAAGCAAGAGCCACCGCCGCACAUCGGCCUCAGAAGUGGCCAAGGGUCGCGCUUUGUCUCCAUCCAAGAUCCAGCACCCCAAGCCCUCGAAGCCCUACGCCUCACGCCAGAUUCGGGAGACCGACUUCGUCGGAGGUCCCCCAACCAUGGACGACCUGACCCGGCGAUUUGCGGGCUCCCGCCUGUCGGAUGAGUACUCGCUAUCCAACAGCCCGCCCAGCUCUGUGGGCAGCUCGCUGUCAUCCCGCUCUUCGGGCAGUACCUCGCCCUCGUCGCUCAGUUCAAUGAGUGAUCCUCCGACCCCCAUCUGCCGGUGCGAGCGCUAUGGCAUCACUCGCAAGGGGGACCGCGUCAAGUUGGACUGUGGAGGCAGUCGUUGUGGGUAUGUCACCGAGUCCUCGGAGGCGAGUUGCUCCGAGUCGGAAGAUAGCGAUGAGGAAUACCGACGGGCACGGAGCGCUGUCAGGAGACAAGGAAUUGUCGUCCGGAGAUAGAGGAAUUGCCCUUUCAGGUGAUGGACGAAGGGUGUCGAUUUUUAUCAAUCAGCUCGUGCACACUACCGGGGCUUGCUACAACGACCUCCAUGGUGUGUUACCAGCUUGUUGCGGAGCAAAACACUCAUUUUGGUUUGAGACCGGACC